GGUUACAGAGUGAGAGGGGCACAGUAGAUAAAGAGUAUUUAAAAAGACAGAAGGGAAAGCGAGUUAUAUAGAAAGACAAAAUAAAAGAGAAAGAGAUAAAGAAGGGGGAAAGAGAAAGACAGAGUGCUACAGAGAUGGAGAGAAAGAGAAUAAGCUAUUCACACGCACCAGAACGGCUUUGUAAAAGUUUCAGGAAUUUCGCUACUGUAUCAUUAUCUAAUUCAUCUAAAAUAUAAUUGAAAGAGAAGCUCCAUUAAUACUGAAACAAUUGCAUUUUCCUGUAAAGUAAACGAUACAACGUGUACUUGUGAAACACUUUCGCUACGCAUACACACGUAUAUGUAUAUACGUAGUAUAUAUACAUACACACAUGUAUGUUCUUUUGCCCCGUCAGCCCGGAUAGAACAGGCCUAUGCUCAAGUGUCCUGCCUUAGCCAUUUCGUAUAGGGGUAUAUCUGGUACAUUACCCUGUGUCGCUCACUUUUUAGGUCUGGGUAAUUUAAAGGAAUUGAGCUGUUAUUUCUAGCAGUUCGAGUGUCUGCCUUCGUUGCCUUGUAUGUAUGUUAUCAUUCAUGUAGUACAGCUAUUUGAUUCAAUUGAUCAAUCUCUUAAGAAAUCGCCUGUUGGUAUCGCAAGAGUAACCUGCUUUUCACCAAGUAACAUCCGAGUUUUAUCUCCUCCUGAUCACGAACUCUUUUUCUCUUAAUUUUUCCCGUUAGAUUAUUCACACCACAUCAUAACACAUUAUAUACAUCCAUACAGGCAUAUACAUAAAUCUUUGUGCGUGUGUGUGUAUAUAUAUAUAUAUAUAUAUAUAUAUAUACAUAUAUAAUCAGCCAACACUAAAACUUUCCGAAAUUAUAAUAGACAGAGUAUUUAUAUCAAUAUAUAAAGAUUGAGAAAUAUAAUUUAUAUACCCUGGCUUUCUCCCUUUCUCUCUGUACUCCUGUCUUAGUUUUUAUUCCUUGAAAGCAACUGGAGGCAUGUCGACCAGUGUCGAACGACAGUUUAAAGAGCAUGAUCAGAAUGGAUUAUGGAAUGGUGUCUUUAAAAAAUUAAAGAAAGCUGAAGAUUUAUCAGUUAUUGAUAACCGGCUAACUACAUUAGAAGCACGGAAACCAGAAAAUCGCAACAAAAAUCGAUAUAGAGAUGUAAAUCCAUAUGAUCACAGUCGUAUAAUAUUAGAUGUCAAUAAUGGUUGUGGAGAUUAUAUUAAUGCAAAUCUCAUCGAAAUUAGCAAGGCAAACCGGAGAUAUAUCCUCACACAGGGUCCUUUGGAAAACACAGUUGGCCAGUUUUGGCAAAUGGUCUGGGAACAGAACACUAUGGGUAUUGUUAUGCUCAAUAGAAUUAUGGAAAAAGGAACUGUCAAAUGUCAUCAAUACUGGCCACCAGGUUCCAAACAUGGCUAUGACGAAGACUUGACAUUUUCUGAUUCUGGUUUCAAAGUGGUUCUGUUAAAAGAAGAGGAAAAUGAACAUUAUAUUGUCCGAUCUUUAAGAUUGUGGAACCUUAAUAUAGAUGAGUCUCGCAAUGUGUUGCAUUUCCAGUAUACCACUUGGCCAGAUUUCGGAGUUCCAUCUUCACCACAUACUUUCUUAAAUUUCUUGAUGGCUGUUCGAGAGUCUGGAUAUCUAAAUAAUAAUGUAGGUCCUUGUAUAGUUCAUUGCAGUGCCGGAAUUGGUCGAUCGGGAACAUUUUGUUUAGUUGACUCAGCACUUGUUAUUGUUGAGAAAGACUGGAAUAUGGAUGUGAUUGAUGUUGAAAGUAUGUUGCAAGAUAUGCGUUAUUACCGCAUGGGACUAGUCCAAACACCUGACCAACUACGCUUCUCUUUCUUGUCUAUCAUUGACGGUGGCAAACAAAUCUUAAGCAAUCCUCCCCCCAUCAAGGAAGAUGAAAUAGACACGCAUACUAAAAGAUUGUUCUUCAAAAGGAAUUGCGAGAUGCCUCCAAUGCCUCCAAAGCGAACAACCAGCUUGAUGCCAGGCGAUGAAUUUGGAAAUGACUUGAUAUCAGAGAACGCUGAUUCUAAAGGUACCUCCAACUUUUUAACGACCAAUGGUGACCUAUCCCAAAGCUUGUCAGCUACCGACCACCUCACAAGUAACCAUCUGUCUUCUUCAGUACCCUCACAGAAGUCACAGUCGGACACUACCACCACUACUACUACUACAACUACUACUACUAACACUACAGUGUACAAAGAGAAAGAACAUCCUAAUGAGAGUGAGCCACAACAAAACAACAUCACUGCCCAGUUAUCAUCAUCAUCAUCAUCAUCACCACAAGCACCACUAUCUCACAAUGGUCAGACUGUUGAAUACUUACUAAGUGUUGGCAGUUCAACAGACCCAGUAAAUGUUGCUACAACAGGAGAGAGCGAUGUUGAUGGUUAUGAGUAUCGACGAAAGAUUCGAGAAGAGCGUAAGAGAAAUACUCAGAAACUAAUUGAAGAUAUGAAACGAAAGCAGAGAGAGUGUGAGCUGAUGCGGCAACGUAACCGAUAUUUGACACCUUUGUACAUCGGUAUUGUGUUAGCAUUAGGUGGCAGUCUUCUGCUUUAUCGUUACUACAACAAUGGAAACCAACAGUGACAGACUGGCUUGUCACAGUUUUCUCACUGGUUUUUUUUUUUAACCCCCACCGAAUGUAACAUUAUUUUUCACUUGGUUGUAAGGAAUACUUUGGGGAAAUGAGAAAAGAAUAUAUAUAACUAUCUUAUGUUGAUUUUUUUUUCAAAUAAAACUUUAAUAAAAAUGAAUGAAGAAAAAUAAAAGAAAAUGCAUUUUUUUUUUCCCAGGAAAAUAAAUUUCCAUUUCAAAAGAAAAUUUUUUUUUUAUUAAAAAAGGGCCCUAUGGGUUUUCUAGGCAAGAAGGACCUAUUUCCCCACUUUUGUAGGAUAUAUUUUCAGAGGGAAAG